CAGCAGCAUCCAGUCCUCUGCAUCCAGUACUGCGCGCCUCGGAGACGCACAGACGCACAGUCUCUCUCUCUCCCUUUCUCUCUCUCUCUCUCUCUCUCCCUCUCGCACUCUCUCUAUGUCUCUCACUCUUGUAGUCACAGCAGAGGAUAGAGGGAGAGACCGACGCGCAGGAGCUCUUUUCAUCUUCUAUAUUCCCCCGUUUUGUUCCUUUCGCUCGCGUCGCCGACUUUAUUCCAGCUUCUGUGAGAAAUUUGUUACAUCCCAGCGAAUCCUGCGGCGCCCUGCGUAGAUUCUCUUCUUCUUUUUUUGUUUCAUCCGUAGGAGUUCAGGUUGUCCCCCUCUUCAUCUAAAGGGUACUCGGAGGCUUUGAUCCUAGAGGACUGGGUUUGUGGGAUAUGGCCCAAUAGCAGCAGCCCGUGAUGCCGGACCAUGACAGCGACUCCCUCCUGAACAGACAGACCAAGCGAAGACGUGUGGACAUUGGUGUUAAGAGGACCGUGGGCAGCACAGCCUCCUCCACAGCAGCAGCCACAGCAGCAACCACUGAUAACAUUGCUCGCGCCAAAGCAGCCAUUUUCAGUGCCAUGAACUCUCUGAGCUCCCAUUCUCACCACGGAUCAGACACCGACUCCAUGGAGUGCUCUGUAGUGCAGCCACAUGGUGGGCCUGGCUCCAAUGUACUCCGAAAGCUUCUGAAGAGGGCCAACUCAUACGAGGACACCAUGAUGCCCUUCCCUGGCACCACCAUUAUCUCUCAGCUUCUCAAGAAUAACAUUGCUAAAAGUGGAGGAGUCUCGAGAGGGGAGAAAGAGGGGACAGGGGGGAGUCAGGCUUCCCUGGUUUCAGGGCUCUCCAAUGCCAGUUCAGAUGCUCCCCAGGAGGACGCCUGCAGUAACUCCUCCCAGGACAGCACCCCUCAAGAGUGUUUGUCACCAUUUGGCCGUCCUCCUGGCCUGGCCACCUUCGACAUCGAACGUCUCAAUGAUGAACACCUGCGUGCCAAGCGAGCCCGUGUGGAGAACAUUAUACGUGGCAUGAGCCACUCGCCUAGCGUGGUGGUACCUGCUGCUUCUCGUCAUGAGCGUGACCAUGAGAUGGAUGGAGAGCGUGAGAUGGAGCUGGACUGUGCACCUCCUCAGUCUCAGCAGCAGGCCCCCAGCAGCCCACGGGGAGGCGAGGUGUGCAGCAGCAGCAGUAGAGAGAACAAGCGAAAACAGCGUCUGCCUCAGCAGCAGCAGCAGAGCUUCACCCAGCUGGUGUGCCAGAGAAAGGAGCAGAAGCAGGAGGAGCGACGACAACUGAAGCUGCAGCUGGAGGACAUGCAGAAACAGUUACGGCAGCUGCAGGAGAAGUUCUUUCAGAUCUAUGAUUCGACCGAUGAUUCGGAACACAAUGACCUCCACAAUGACAUAGGAAACAUGUCAGAGGACAGCCCAGCCAGGUCUGACACAGAGGCGCGACCGGGAGGAGAUGACUUGCGCUCUGACAAUGAAAUGUCUGACCUGGACCCAGGCCAUUUCCUAGACAGGGCGCGGGCCACUGCUUCAGGAAGCAGGCCCCUGCUGGCCGACGGAGAGAAGCCAAGAAGAGAGGGUCUUGGCCGAAGCAAAGGACAGGGCGGUCCAGGCUCCUCCAUGCAUGCUGAAGCGAAACAGCUGGCAGAAACGCUGAAGCAGGAACUCAAUUCAGCCAUGACCCAGGGUGACACAGUGGUGAAGGUGUUUGCCAAGCCUCCACGCUACACUCAGCAGGCCUUCCCUCCACUUUCCAUACCUCCUGAAAGAUUUACAGCCACUGUCAAUGGAGACAACCCCAACUUCCACACCGCAAACCAGAGGCUGCAGUGCUUCGGUGAUGUCAUCAUUCCCAAUCCACUAGACUCCUUUGCCAGCAUGCCCGGGAUCCCCGGCACCACCAACCCAACCGAGGCACUGCCGUUAGUAGUGAGGAAGACGCCCAGCGAGCACCACCACCAGUCCUCAGCUGUGGGCGCCCACGGUGGUCACCACCACCCCGCCCUUCACCCCUCCUCGCUCUCUGCCUCUAUGGGCUUCAGCCCCCCAUCCUUUAGACACCCCUUUCUGCCUCUCAUAGGCUACCCUUUCCAAAGUCCACUUGGAGCGCCCACAGGUGGUUACCCAGGCAAGGACCGAUCCUCACCAGACUCCAUGGACCUGUCCAGGGAGACCACCAGCCUGAGGACCAAGAUGGCAUCAGGACACCACCUGGGGCAUCACCAUCGCUCUUGUUCACCAGCACACCCCGGCAGCACAGCCGAGGGACUCUCCCUGUCCCUCAUCAAGUCUGAGUGCAGUGAUCUCCAGGACAUGGCUGACAUCUCGCCCUACUCAGGCAGCAAUAUCCAAGAAGGUCUCUCUCCAAAUCAUCUGAAGAAGGCCAAGCUCAUGUUUUUCUACACCCGCUACCCGAGCUCCAAUAUGCUCAAGAUGUUUUUCUCUGAUGUCAAGUUUAACCGCUGCAUAACCUCCCAGCUGAUCAAGUGGUUCAGCAACUUCAGGGAGUUCUACUACAUCCAGAUGGAGAAGUUCGCCCGGCAGGCCAUAAACGACGGCGUCACCGGAGUCGAGGAGCUGAGCGUCAGCCGCGACUGCGAGCUCUUCCGAGCCCUCAACAUGCACUACAACAAGGCCAACGACUUCGAGGUCCCCGAUCGCUUCCUGGAAGUGGCCGAGAUCACGCUGAGAGAGUUCUUCAACGCCAUCGUGGCCGGCAAAGACGUGGACCCGUCCUGGAAGAAGGCCAUCUACAAGGUCAUCUGCAAACUGGACAGCGAGGUCCCCGAGAUCUUCAAGUCCCCCAACUGUCUCCAAGAGCUUCUACACGAGUAAAUCUCUCCUCCUCCUCCUCCUCCUCUUCCUCGCUCACCGCUUUGCGCUUUUUUUGUUUGUUUUCUCUGAUUUCAUAGAAUUUCAAAAUGAUAUUCUCUUUUGUUUUUUCUCCCUUUUCUCCACCUUUGAUUUCUUGUUUUUUUUUUCUGUUUUUUCUUUUUUGAAUGUAUGAAAGUUAUGGAGUAGCAUUCCCAAUCCGAAGCCUUUGUGGCAGUUCCUAAAUGACCUAGCUAUUGUAUUGUUGUUCUUAUAUUACGAUGGUUAUUAUGUUUUUGUUUUUUUUCUAUGAUUCUGAAUUGAAGAGACUCUAAUCUCGCUGGGUGUUUUACUGGACCGUGUGAACCCUCAUCUGUUUGGCCUGUUUUAUGAUCAACACUAACUGAAAAGCCCUCCGAGUGUGGAAGGAGUUCCAGAGUUCCCAUUCACACCACUAAGAACGUAGGCUGGGUUCUCUUAAAGACUUUUCUCGUGGCGCCCAUGGGUGCACCUCCAGUCCUGGGGGGUUUUCAAAUGAACUGUCAGCGCAAAGUGGGUGCCCGACAGACUGUGCACACCCACACAAAAACAAGGCCUCUUCAGGUUACUGACUGGUCUAAAACUGGACUCUUGGUACUGGUCUGCUCUGGUUUGUGGGACUCGGACCAGUUUCGAAUAGCUACUGAGCUCUACCAUUGUUUUAUUUUUAUUUUUUCUUGAAGUGUGUUUUUUUUCCCUGCAAGUAGGGCAUUGUGUUUAUUGGGUGUACAUUAUUAUUUUGAUUACUCUUCUUCUUCUUGUUGUUUAUGAUUAUUAUUUGUCACUACUGCUUGCUGAAGAUUGGCACUUCAAGAUUUGUUUGUCCCUUGAUGCCGUUGCAGAAAAAAAAUAAAUUAUUGCUAUUAAUAUUAUUCCAAAAGAUUUUUUAGAUUUUGGACUAUUUCCCCUCCACACACGCACACAUUUCCCCCACCCUCCUCCUUAACUCACGUUGGUUUAGUUUGUCCUUUACUGGAGCGGGCUUUGGUUGUGUUGUUUGUUUUGUAGUUUUGGUGGUGGGGGCCUGGGGCAGCUUUGCUGGAUUUGGGUUUUCAUCAAAGGGUCGCUGAAGUGGGCUUUUCUAUUCACCUGUAGUUCAUCCAACACUAGACUAGUCCAGUGAUGCUGCUGCAGAAACACAUGAAGUAAAUAAUGCCGAAAUAACGAAGCAAUCGGAAGAAGUGCGGCUUUUUGUUUUGGCGGUUUCUUUUUUUCCAUUGCUGCUCCUUUGAGAACUAACCUGCUGAAAGAGCACUCGUUCAUUUUCCGACACAUUUCAUCAAUUUUAAGGAUUAAUGAACAUGAACAUUAAUAGCUGCGUAGUUUGUUUUUUUGUCUUUUUAUAACACUGUUCACUAAAUAGCUCGUUUGAAAUGAAGUCAGCCUGUUUACGUGGCAGGCUUUUAUUACGAUCAGCCUAUACAUGGUGCACAUGACAUUAUGAAGUUACUUCAACUGCAGAUGAUACUUGAAUACAUUAGAAUAUUGUGGCAAUUUAAAGUGCAGCGAAACCGUAGACAAGCGAAUACGCUAGAACAGAUGCAUCACAGGAUAAUUCAAGGAGGGUUAAAGAAAGAAGUGUGUAUGAGCUGAAGCACAUUAAUUCUACUUCGAGUGAACUUCCCCCACGAACCACACACACACACUCACACACUCACACACAUCGCUGCUUCUCUGCGUGUUCACCUGCCUGUGAGUGAUUGAGCUCCUCUCUCAGAGCAACAAUACGAGGUCGGAGGUGAGCACUCACCCCGGGGGUAGACGGAGAAGCUCUCAGCACUACAAAGAGCAGGGACAAAGGCACAGAGCGAGGAAGAACGCGCACCUGAAGCCCUCCGCUCUGUCUUGCCAUCCCACACUGGCAGCUUUUAAAGACCCAAAGUGUGAUUCUGUCGAAGCCACUGUGCCCGGGUUGUUAAACGGCAUUCCUUUCACUUUCACCUGAGAUUCUAAUCCCAGAUUUUCCACUUGAGCUGUGUAUCUAUUUAGUUUAGUUUAGUUUUUUUUACUUUUAUCCACCCUCUCAGGCUUUUAAGAUUUUUAAGAAGCACUUAGUGUUAGCUGCCCUUUUGAUGAGGUAAGUUUGAAGCAGUGAGUGAAUACUUUCUAGGGUGCGUGCGAGCUAUCUGCUGAUCUCACCUUGGCGACAUUAGCUUAUAGCGUGUGUGUGUGUGUGUGUGUCACAAAAGAUCAAACAGGGCAGGUUGCUUAACCUGCUGACUUGUCUAAGCGAGACAAAGCGCCUGACAAAAGGAGGCAGAGAAAGACAGAGCUACUCCCUCCAUUAUAUGUCCCACCUCUCCUCCUCCUCCUCCUCUUCCUCCAGUGUUCUUCUUCUUAAGAUCCAGAGUCCUGAGAGAGCGAGCCGGACACAUUUCUCACUGAAGGAUGGGCUCGGCCCUGCAUGUCUCAGAGUCUCAAAGCACCAGCCAAGGGCUCUAAAGCGCCACAGACAAAGGAGAAAGGAGAGGACACUUUUAUCUGAUGCACAGAUUAUUAUCGUCCCUCCUCCUUCCUGCAACUCCACCCUAAAGUUAAAGAGUUCCUGCGCCUAAAAAGAUUAAUUCAGGAUAAUGAAGAAUUAUGUGCAAAAAAGAAGGAUUAGCAAGACCUUAAUACCGUGUCGAGAAUAUUUUUGUCAAGUUUUCCUUUUUCUGGGGUCUCAUUUGAUUUUUAGGAUGACAUUAUUGAAAUACAUAUAUAGUCUUUUUAAUAAUUGUAAAAUAUAAAUCUAUGGGAAAAAAUAUAUACAGUAGUGGAAGUUCUUUGGAAGGCACUGUUAGAAAGUGUUUCAUAAAUGAAAAUCUGGAGGGUUUUGUUUGAACCUGUGUUCUGAACGAGUUAGUCGUCGGUAGAAUAGGAGCAAUAGUGGUAGGGGUUUAUUUUUUGCAGGUUUUUGUGACCACUUUUCUUCCUUUUUGGUUUCUUUACCACUUUUUUUGUAUUGUGCUGAAUGGCUGUCUUCUUGAGAUCCGAAAAAUAAAAGUUGGAAUACAAUUUUCAGAGUAUGAGAUAUUGUUGUUGCUGCUGUAAAUACUGUCAGGAUGAAACAAAGAAUAGCUGUACAGUUUUUUUCUAUUAUCACUCAGAGUGCUGAGGGGAGGACGGUUAAAAAAAAAAAGGGGUUUAAAAAAUAACUCCUCUCCAACUGGACUCGUUUUUGUUGGUUUUUUUCCCCCUGCCAUGCCUUUAACGGGACUCUGUUUCCCAUCGGCAGUGCCCUUGAAGUUGCACCAGCAUCCAUUUCUUUAAUUUUUCUGACAUGCAUUAGACUAGCAGUGGGGUAACGUUGGCAGCGCAUGGACCCCAUCUCAUCUUGGAAAAAAACAAAAAAACAAGGGCAGACCGCCGCCAACGUAGCUCUAGAUUUGACCCGGGACAGAGACAGGAACUCAUUGUCAUCAGGAGUCUAGUGCCAUGGGAGGGGAACACGCUGUAUAGUGAAAAAAUAACAUAAAAAGAGAGAGAGGCAGAAAAAAAGUCAUUUAUACCAUUUUUUUUUUUACAGUCUGGAUACAGUUUGUGGAAUUCCUGUGUGCUCUGCAUUAUGUGUGUGUGUGUACUGUACAUGAGUGUGUGUCUGCGUGAGAGAGAAGACCGAUUAUGAGAACCUGUGAACCAGCGAGUGACACAAUUCUCAACACUGUGGCCCCUCCCCCAGCCCUGGGAGUACCAUCCUGACAUGUAAAUGAUUCUCAUUAAGCGUUGGCAACAUGUGUUUGGUGUGUGUGCGUGUCGCCAUGAUUUCCUCUGAUCUGUUUUCUGACCUGUUUGAAAGAGGUUUUUGUUUCUCUAUGCUUUCAGUAGUAAUUCCUCCUCCUCCUUCUUCUUCUUCAUUUUUUUUAUUAUUAUCAUCAUUAUUGUUAUUAUUAUUACACUGCUCCUCUUUUAUUGUAAAUAUCAAUGAUGAUGUGGACUUACGGUGAUAAAUACUGCCUUUGUAUAACUUAGCAAUAUGUUAUGUAAAUAGUGUUUUGUUGAUGCUUUUUGUAUGACAUUAUUAUUCGAUUCUAGUGCAGUAAUUCCAACUGGAACAGCCAUGUUUGAAUACAGUCUGAAUAGUUACACAGGUUGUAAAAUAAAACCCAUGACAUGGCUGCUUUUUUUUCUGUUAUUGGUGUCUAUUUGUCUUGCAGAUUUUGUGUAAUUUAUUGGUUUAAUUUAUCCUAAUUUAUUUGAUGUUGUUUUAUUUUGUUUUUGUUUUUUUCAAACAGGGAAGGCUGUACUGCAUUUGAAUAAGUAGAACCAACUUAAAAGAUUUAAUCCUCAUCUACUUUAAAAGUGAAUUUAAGAAGAAAAAUUUAAUCUAGCGCGCUCGCUCCGUUGACAGAAAUGAUGACCGGAGAUCCUGGCAGCUAAAUGGAACUGGACAGUUUUUUUUCUUUUCUUUUAAAAGAACUAAAUGAAUAAAUAAAAGGUUUGACAGGGCAGAGGGUGGACUAGAAAGCUGACACUAGUUUGAAGCAGUUUUGUAUUUUCUCUUGAGAUUUUAUUCCCCUGUAUUGCUUUGGCCCAGCCCAAAAAACAACCAGUAGUCAAAUUGCCUUUCGUGCCUUCACCCUCUAUGAACUGAAUGUAUGUGCAGUAUAUAUGCAAGCUUGUGCAAAAUGAAUAAAAAAUUGAAAUAAAAAUGAAAAAGAGAGUGGAAA